AUGUUUUCAUAUAGAGGGUAGAUGUCAUUUACGGCAGUCUGUAUCUGAGCAUUAAACGUAGCACAUCAGUGUCUUACAUUUUGGAGUUUUCUUUGGAAACCUACGUCCAGAACACAACAAUUGGCGACGAUAUCGAUAUCUACGUGUGCAGAUAACGUUUUUUCAAUAAAUUGGUUGAAAAAAAAAUGGCUACAACAAGUGCAAAUGUGAUGUUCGGCAGCAGUCUCAAUUUUGACCAUCGGAUUCACGAAUGGAGUAUUUUCAAGAGCAAAUUGUUUCAAUUCUGUACUGUUAAUGAUAUUAAUGAAACAUCGGACAAGUCAGAAGUGAAACGCCGUGCCGUGUUAUUGUCGGCCUUAUCGGAAGAUACCUACCGCAUUCUUCGGGAUUUAGUGGCGCCAAAGGAGGUGGACGGCGCGGAGUACAAGGUUUUGUUAGGACAUCUCGAUGCUCAUUUCACGCCCAAGAAGAGUACUUUUGCGGAACGUUACACUUUCUACAAGGCUGAACAACGUCCAGGUGAAGAAUUGCCAGAUUGGGCCGCGCGAGUGCGUAGCCUGGCCCAGUACUGUGGUUUUAAAACGGAGCUGGAUAGUGUGUUACGUGACAGGUUCGUCUUAGGGUUGGAGAACGUGAAAGAAAAAGAGAAAUUAUUUGCCGAAAGCGUCGACACUCUGACCUUCAGCAAGGCUAUAGAAUUAGCGCAAAGUGUGCGUUGCGCGAGAUUAGCGUUGAAAAAAACACAACCGUCGGUGCCCGAAACUCCAGUGUUUACCGUAAAUACGUCGCGGGCGCAACGUAACACUCGUACUAGUUUGGAAGGUUGUGAAGUUUGCGGCUACAAAAAUCAUGCAAAGGAACAGUGUCGUUUUAUUAACUAUACGUGUCAAAAGUGUAAACAGAAGGGACAUCUAAAGAAAAUGUGCAAGUCCAAAGUGCGACGGAAUUAUUUUAUAGCAGAGGAGGAUAACGAUAUCAUUGAAGAUCUCACAAACUAAGAACUAUGGAGGGCGGCGGAAGGUGUGUUUUGAGGAAGGAGAUCAGGUGUUAGUUAAACAUAUAUUUAGUAACGGCAAUAAGCACGUAUGGAAGAAAGGUUGUGUACAAAAAUCUAUAGGUAAUAUGUUAUAUUUAGUGCAUAUAAUAGAUUUAGAUAUUAUUGUUAAGAAACAUGUAGAUCAAUUACUGUUGUACAAAGGUAGUCAAACUGUAUGUACUGCUAGUGAUAACCGUGACAUUUCGGAUCUGGAAAUAACAAUUAAUGAGUCUUUAUCUCCAGAUCCUGAAGCGGUGGCACAACCAGCGAUCGAAGGCCAGAGCCCUGAGUCAAGUUUACUCGAAAUUGGUAAUGAGUCGGAGGAGCCUUGUCAAUCGCUGGUACCGAGGGAAAGUGCUCCCCCCGCGGCCCCCGCCCCCGUAGUUUCGCCUGCUGCCAGGUCGGUGUCUCACGAUGAUGUUUUUUUGGACUGUGAGACGGAGGGUACCGAGACCACCUUGGAUCCUACGACGAAUGCAGAUCGUCGUAAUAUCCGAGCCACUCGGAAUCCUAAC